GAAAUUUCUAUAUUUUUUUAAUUUUUAUACAUAUAGAAAUGUCACAAGAGUUAACAUUACGUGAUUCAUUAACCGUACAAACAUAUCAAAAAAAUAACUUUGAUACCUCAUCUGAGGAUUCAAAGUUUUCUUAUACAUCAGCAAGAGUUGGAAAACCAUUAUAUAACACAUAUGAAAAGAAUGAUUUUAAAGUUUUUGGUUAUUAUAAUGGAGCUUGUCAAUAUGAUGCUCGUUUAGAUGGUUCUGAAGAGUCUGAUAGAGCUGGUAGAGGUCGUGAUUUAAUGAAUAUUAACCCAGAUGCUUAUGAUAAAAUCAUCAUUGGAUUUUGUGGUAUAGUUGGUGACCAGGGUGAAAAUAAAGAAGCUAUAAAAAGAGCUGCUCAAGAAUUCAACAAAAAAGAUAAUGAACCAACUUUUAUAGAUAGUUGGGGUUAUUUAUUAUCUUAUUGUAAUGUUGGUUUCGAUGGGUGGCUCAGUUCUGAUGUUUUAGAAAGUUUUUCUCAAAAUAAAUGUCAAGGUCUCCUUGGUGGUCUUCGUAAAUUAAAAGAAAAAAACCCAAAUCUUGUAAUCUCACUUUCAAUUGGAGGCAGGGAAUUGUCACAACCAUUCCAUGAAUUGGUAAAAUCAUCUGAAAAAAGAACAACAUUUGCAAAUGGAGUUGCUGAUAUCUUAAAAAGAUUCCCAAUGAUUGGGGAAAUCGAUCUCGAUUGGGAGUAUCCAGGUGGUGAUGGUGGCUCAGAAGAUCCACAAAAUUAUGCUGAAUUAAUUAAAAAAGUCAAAAGUACUCUUUCAUCAAAUAGUCGUGAUGAUGUUAAAAUCAGUAUUGCUGCUGCUGGAGACAUUGAUAAGAUAAAAGCUGCUAAUAUUCCACUUUUAAUGGAGGCUGGUGUAAGUUAUAUUAAAAUUAUGACUUUUGACUUUUUCGGAACUCCAUGGUCUGAUUCAUUGGCUCAUCAUACCAACCUUAAAUCAAAUCCUCAAGAUAAAAAAAGCUAUGGUAUUGAUGUAGUCGUUAAUUAUUUAAUAAAAGAAUUAAAUGUCCCAUCUAAGAGUUUGUUUAUUGGUUUCGCUGCCUAUAGUCGUAAUGCUAAAAAUGCUGAAAUUUCAAGUUCUUCACCUCUCAGUGGUAAUUGCUCUCCACAUGAAGGAACAACAAUAGGAACUUUCGAGAGUGGGGUCACUGAAUAUUACGAUAUUUUAUAUAACUAUUUGGAUUUAAAUUCUAAAUCAGGAAAAAAUGGUUUCUCUCUAUACACAGAUAAGGUAGGAGAUGCAGAUUUCUUAUAUAACCCCAGAUCAAGGGUAUUUAUGUCCAUCGAUACACCAAGAUCCGUCAAAUCCAAAGGAGAAUAUGUUGUUAGAAAUAAUUUGGGUGGCUUAUUCACUUACACCAUCGAUCAAGACCAUGGUUUGCUCUUAAAUGCUGCAAGAGAAGGUUUAGGAAAUGUAAUAACAAAAAAAGAAGUUGACAUGUCAGAAUAUUAUUUCAAUGGUAGAUAGGAAGAUCAUUGUAAUCACUUCAAGAAUAAUUAAUAAAUAUAUAUAUGGUUAUAAAUAAAUAUAUUUAAAAUUAUUUUAUUAUUUUAAA